UUAGUGAAUCACAUUUUCCAUGUGCAGCAGCAGCAGCAGCGCAGUCCGGGCCCUCCGACAGCCGCCUGAACUUUUCUCCGCACUGCUGCGCACCCACCCACACCGACACAGCCGGAGGAUCGGAACUUUGCUCCGCUGGGCCACUGAAGUCUGAUCUGUUUUGGUGGAAGAUCUUGAGCGGAGUUACGGCCGGGUCUUUCACCCGUCACCUUUAACCGAACAACGCCGAUGGAGCGAUUCUAGCCGAGCCAGGCUUUGUGCCCGCUGUGCGCAGACAUGGACCUUCAGGUGAUCGUCUGGCUGUUCUACUGCUUUCUGCUGCCCUCCGUCCUCCUAACAGCUUGUCUUUUUCGCUACAACAUCUUGUCAUUGGUUUACUUCUUGUACCUGCUGCUUUUACCAUGGUUCCUGUGUCCCAACAAACACACAAUCAAAGGUCACACAGGACGCUUUAUCAGAACAAUAUUCUGCACCAGUCUGCUGUUUGUACUGGCUCAUAUCUGCUUCCAGACAGUACUGUACACAUAUCCUCCUCUCAACAUUGCAAUAGGUGAUAACUGUUCGCAAUGGAAUACCAUAAGCAGACAUAUAGGACUGUCCAGGCUUCCCGUGGAUGAUCCUUGGAGAGUGGCAAGUCUUCUGUGCCCAGACCUUGGUGUGUGUGUAGUUGCUUUGGUAACGACCAUCCUCUGCAGCAGACUGGUCAGGAACAGAGAAAUGGUGGCUGCUGCCAACAUUACACUGCUAGAAGACAAUUCAACAGACAACACAACAGAUAUUGGGGAUGACGGUGGUGAUAGUGGUGAUGAUGAUGAUAAUGAAGAGGCGGCAACAGGCGAGGAAGAUGAAGAAGAGAGGUCAUUACCUGGUGAUGCUGAUGAGGUUUCCACAGUUACCAGAGCCAAGCAGUUGGCCGAGCAGCUGAAGGCUACAGCCCGGAAAAUUCUGCGGGACCUGGGGAGGAUCUUGGCUAUCAGCCUGCUGGCUUUGGCUGGGAUCACACUGCCCUCUGCCUUCUCAGCCAUCUACUUCCUGCUGUUCAUUGGCAUUUGCACUUGGUGGGCAUGUCAUCUUCCCAUCAGCCACCUGGGUUUCAAUGCAUUGUGUGUGAUGGUGGGCUUCUUCACUGCUGGUCACAUGGUGUGUCUGUAUUUAUACCAGAGUCUGCUGGCUCAGGCCCUGUUCCCCCCACAAAGUCUGUGGGCCAGACUCUUUGGGCUGAAGGACAUCAUUGUACCAGGAAACUGCACCCUGCCCUAUGACGUUAAUCUCAAUAGCAGUCAUGACUGGCCGGUUUAUGUGAACCCAGGAAUACUCUUUGUCCUCUAUAUCACCAUAGUAACAGUUCUCAGGACAGGAUGUCAUGGAACAUCUUACGAGGACGAGCAGCAGCAGGUGCAGGAGAAAAGGGACGAGACGAUGGAAGAGCUGCUAGAAUUAAGACCCUGCAACGAGCAGAAAGAUAACUGUGAAGAUGACACACAGGUCAUGCCAACAGAAGGUGGAGGAACUGUGACUGAAGAGAAUCAGCCAGCUCUGGGGGCUAAUGCGGCUGGCAGUGGCCAACAGAGUGAAAGCCCGUUUUUCCUGCUGGGAAGAGUGGUCAUGCAGCAGAGUUAUGUCUGCGCACUCAUAGCAAUGAUGGUUUGGAGCAUCACCUACCACAGCUGGUUAACGUUUGUGCUGCUGCUCUGGGCCUGUCUCAUUUGGAUCCUGCGUGCUAGGCGGCAUGCAGCCACAUUGUGCUCUCCAUUCAUCCUGCUCUAUGGCCUGGCCCUUUGCUGUCUGCAGUACAUCUGGGCCAUGGAGCUUCAGCCUGAACUGCCCACUACAGUGGGAACCAUGAGCCUCAGACAACUAGGACUGGAUAGAGCCCAGUACCCCUGUCUAAGACUGGGCGCUAUGCUUUUAUUUACCUUAACCUUUUGGCUGUUAGUGCGUCAGUCAGUGAAGGAAAACUUCAGCAGGAAAAGGAAAGCAGCCACACCACUACAGGAAGUCACUACAGGAGGUGAGGAGGCUGGUAAUGAAUCUGUGCUGAAGGUUCUGGGGGGCAUGGUGAUGAGCUGCUAUGCCAAAUACUGGAUCUAUGUCUGUGGAGGGAUGUUCAUCAUGGUGUCCUUCGCUGGAAAACUUGUUGCAUAUAAGAUCAUCUACAUGCUGCUGUUCCUGCUCUGCCUGUGUCUUUAUCAGGUUUACUAUUCUCUGUGGAGGCGCCUCUUAAAGCUCUUCUGGUGGCUUGUUGUGGCCUACACCAUGCUUGUGCUGAUUUCCAUCUACACUUACCAGUUUGAAGACUUCCCUGAAUACUGGAGGAACUUCACUGGUUUCACAGAAGUACAGCUGGCAGCGCUCGGCCUGGAGACAUUUGCGCUGUCUGAGCUCUUCACGAGCAUCCUGAUCCCGGGCUUCUUCCUGCUGGCCUGUAUUCUCCAGCUGCACUACUUUCACAAGCCGUUCAUGAGAAUCACUGACCUGGAGCACAUCACACCUGUGCACAGAAAAAAGAAGAGUGACAGGACAGCCCAGCCCGAUGAUGUGAACAAUGAAGAAGAAGACCUGGUGACGAAUGAUGAUGAAUCUGAAGAUGAAGUGGAGCUGAUGCCGAGUAAAUGGGGUCUGGUGAUGGACAGGUUACUGGAUCUUUCCAGAAGAUUCUCUGACAUCCUCACCACCAUUCAAGUGUUUCUCUGGAGGCUCCUGGAGCUUCACAUCGUCAAGAUGGUGGCCUUCUUUUCUGUGUGGGUUGCACUUGAAGAGCCUUCUGUGAUGAAUCUGGUCCUGGUGGUGCUCUGGUCUCUGGCGAUGCCCUACGAUCGUUUCAGAUCAAUGGCAUCCUGUCUGUCCACGGUCUGGGUGUGUGUCAUCAUUGUGUGCAAGAUGCUGUACCAGCUCAGUGUUGUCGACCCUCAUGAGUACUCCCAUAACUGCAUUAUGCCUCUAACAAAUGAAACCAACUUGUUUCCAGAGGAAGUGAACAAGUCCAUUCUGUAUAAGGAGCCAGUGGAUCCAGCCAAAUGGUUUGGCAUUAGGAAAGAUGUUACAGCACUGGGAUACAGCAAGAACCAUUUAAUUGUGCUGAUGUUGUUGGUGUUUGAGGCAACAGUGUAUCGUCACCAGGCUCACCAUUACCGACAGCUCCAGCGGUCCCCUCCCCCGAUCCCCACACUCUUCCCUGCAGCCAUGAGAGACACUUCUGACCAGGACCUCAAGUCCUGCUUGAAGUAUCUGCUGAACUACACCUUCUACAAAUUUGGAUUAGAGAUUUGUUUCCUGAUGACGGUGAAUGUGAUCGGCCAGCGGAUGAAUUUUUUGGUGAUAAUCCAUGGCUGUUGGUUGGUAGCAAUCUUGGUGAGACGGCGGCGGGCAGCUAUUGCCAGGAUCUGGCCCAGAUACUGUCUCUUCCUGUGUGUCUUCAUGAUCUACCAGUAUCUGCUUUGUGUGGGCAUACCACCAGCUCUCUGCAUAGAUUACCCAUGGCGGUGGAAGACUCCAGUGUUGAUGAGCUCAGCUCUCAUUAAAUGGAUCUAUCUGCCUGAUUUUUACACUGUUCCAAACUCCAAAAACCUUAUAGCGGACUUUGUGCUGCUGAUGUGUGCGUCUCAGCAGUGGAAGGUGUUUGAGUGUGAGCACAUGGAGGAGUGGAUGGUUCUAGCAGGAGAGAACACGGAUGAACCCGAACCGAUGGAAGGUCGACUGUUUAACCCUGCACCUAAUUUCAUAAAUAGCAGGAGCUACCUGGACAUGGUGAAAGUUUUGGUGUUUCGUCACUUCUUCUGGUUUGUGCUGUCGGUGGUCUUCAUCACAGGCUCCACCAGGAUAUCUGUGUUUGGACUGGGCUACCUGCUUUCUUGCUUCUUUUUUCUGUUGUUUGGAACCAGGCUGUUGGUCAAACCAUCCAGGACCCGCCUCAACCUGUGGGACUGUCUCAUCAUCUAUAAUGUGGCAGUGAUUAUAUCUAAAAAUCUGUUAUCUAUCCUAGCAUGUGUGUUUGUGUUUGAGAUGCAAAAGGGCUUCUGUUGGGUUAUCCAGCUCUUCAGCUUGGUCUGCACAGUCAAAGGAUACUAUGAUCCUCAAGAAGUUAGUGACAAGACCUGCAGUCUCCCAGUAGAAGAGGCCGGGAUCAUGUGGGACAGUAUUUGUUUCCUCUGCCUGCUGCUGCAGAGGAGGAUCUUCCUCAGCUUCUACUUCCUUCAUGUGACAACUGAACUGCAGGCUUCUGCGAAACAGGCCUCAAGGGGGUUUGAGCUCUUUAGAGCCAGCAUUGUGAAGAACAUCAAGUUCCACCAACAAGCUGAGAAGAAAUCACUGUCACAACUCAAGAGAUCGAUGCACAGAAUUCGCUCUAAGCAGCAGAAGUACAGAGAUGGACACAAAAUAAGUGAAAGCCAGACUGCUGAAGAUCCAGAGAUCCAGAGAGGAAAGAGAUCCCGGACAAAGACAUGGUACCAGCCAUGGUUAGACCAUGCUGCAGUGCUCCACUCAGGAGAGUACUACCUGUUUGAAUCAGACAGUGAGGAUGAAGAGGAACUACAGUCUGAAGAACAGAAGCCUCAGAAACAGACUGCCUGCCAGUUGGCGUACCAGGGAUGGGUGACCAGUGUGAAAACAGCUCUGCGAGAACGUCAGAGUCGGCUGAAGAGAACUGAGAGAAAAGAGACGGACGCACAACAAAGAGCCGAUUCACACGAGCAGCUCUCAGCAAAAGGUUGUGGCGAUGAUGUUUUUGAGGAACCGGUUGUUCAGGAUGAGGCGGACGAGUCGAAGGAACAGGAGUCUGGUCACGGUGAGACGGUGCAGAGGAUCCUGGAUAUUCUGCGCUUCUUGUGGGCGAUAGUGUUGGCGAUGGUAGAUGGACUGACUCAGUGGCUUCAUUUACUUACUAAGCAGUACAGAGAGAUUUCUAAUGUUUUGUGCAAUGAACGCUACUUCAUCAUACACAAGAUACAACAGCAUGGUACCACAGCAGAGUCCAGAGAUGAUCAGGACUCUGAGAGCAGUGAAAUCUGCACACUGGAGACGUGUUUGGAUGAGACUGAUGCAGAAGAUCCCAUCAGAUACAGGUGCCUGGAGGAGGAUAGCAAGGGUGACACAAACCAAACCAAGCCAAAGCUCACCAGCAGUGAUCAUCUCCUAAUUCCAAAACCCCCAUCCAGCAGUAUGGGAUUGGUCCCAGAGUUAUCCAACCAACAACAACACAGACACUCCCGAACAGCGAGUGAGCUGCUGGGAGAGAGGCAGUUUUUUAUCGAGGAGUUGGAACAGAGCAGAGAGUUCUUUUCCAGUCAGAGCCGUGUGCUGAAGAUGCUGUUCGCCAUGUAUAACCUUCUGUCAGCCAACUCUGAGGUGGUCUGCUAUUUCAUCAUAGUGUUAAACAACGUGGUCAGUGCCUCUGUCAUAUCGCUGGUCCUUCCCAUACUGGUGUUCCUAUGGGCUAUGUUGUCUGUCCCGAGACCGACCAAAAGGUUUUGGAUGACCGCUAUAGUCUACACAGAGGUUAUGGUUGUGGUGAAAUACAUUUUCCAGUUUGGAUUUUUUCCUUGGAACAGUGUUUAUGAGUUGACCCUAAAUGAAGACAAGCCUUUCUUCCCACCUCGCAUCCUUGGCCUGGAAAAGACUGACAACUACAUCAGAUAUGAUCUUCUCCAGUUGCUGGCUCUGUUCUUCCACAGAUCCCUGCUCAUGCGGUAUGGCCUGUGGGACCAUGAGGGCCCCCUGGAGGAUCAUAGCCCCUCACCAGAAACUUUUACAGUUGGAGUUAAAUCUAGAGAAGGAGCUGAAGACAGAACGGGACAGACAGAGAGACAAAAAGGGGGGAGAGAGGAUGACGGAGUUAGUGCCACGUCCACCCUGGAAAUCCUGGAGGUAACUGAACUAAACCACACUGAGCAGGAUAUUGAGAACGAUGUUGGACCGAGUACCAGCUCUGAUCUUAGCCCCCCACAGCCCACUGCAGCUGAAUCACUGCCCACUGGAUCAGAAGAUGUGCAAGGACAGGAAGUACUGCCAUUGGUGAAGAGCAUCCAGCUGGAUGCUGUGGAUAAGAGGGAGGGAGACAAAGACGAGGGGACAGAGGAAGUCCCAAAGAAAGGCAGCAGCAUCAGAUUCCGCAAGAAAACAAAACCGCAGCUCAACAAAGUGGAGUCCACUGGUGAGACUGCUGACUCCAGUAAAGAGCCAGUGAAGAAGCAGCAAAAAGGCAGGAGGAGAGAGGCAGUUAGUAAGAGAAUACAGGACAUGGGACACAAGAUAAAAAAUGUCUUCAUUUAUGGUAUUCAGAGUGUUUACCGGCCAGCUCAGGGCUUCUUCAGGGAUAUUCUCCAUUCUGAGUACCGCGCUGCCACCGAUGUCUAUGCCCUCAUGUUCCUGACUGAUGUCAUUGACUUCAUCAUCAUCGUCUUUGGAUUUUGGGCUUUUGGGAAACACAGUGCAGCAGCUGAUAUAGCGUCCACUCUGUCAGAGGACCAGGUACCUGAAGCCUUCCUGGUGAUGUUGCUCAUCCAGUUCAGCACUAUGAUCAUUGACAGAGCGUUAUACCUGCGCAAGGCUGUCAUGGGAAAACUCAUCUUCCAGGUGAUCCUUGUUUUUGGGAUUCAUCUGUGGAUGUUCUUCAUCCUGCCUGCUGUCACUGAAAGGAAGUUCAACCAGAACUUUGUGGCUCAGCUCUGGUACUUUGUUAAGUGCAUCUACUUUGGCCUAUCAGCCUAUCAGAUCCGCUGUGGGUACCCCACUCGUAUCCUUGGCAAUUUCCUCACCAAGAAAUACAACCACCUCAACCUGUUCCUUUUCCAAGGGUUUCGUCUGGUGCCAUUCCUGGUGGAGCUGCGGGCAGUGAUGGACUGGGUUUGGACUGAUACCACCUUGUCUCUGUCAGACUGGAUGUGUGUGGAGGAUAUUUAUGCCAAUAUUUUCAUCAUUAAAUGUAGCCGUGAGACAGAAAAGAAAUACCCACAGCCUAAAGGACAGAAGAAGAAGAAGAUUGUGAAAUAUGGCAUGGGUGGGCUGAUUAUCUUCUUCUUGAUCUGCAUCAUCUGGUUUCCACUUCUCUUCAUUUCACUGGUCAGAUCUGUAGUGGGUGUGGUCAACCACCCCAUUGAUGUCACAGUAACUGUCAAGCUGGGUGGAUAUGAGCCCCUCUUUACCAUGAGUGUGCAGCAGCAAUACAUCAAACCCUUUUCAAAGGCUGAAUAUGACCAACUCACGGGAGAUUUUGGAAAUGAUGCUGUAGCCAUGCAGUUCAUCACUCUCUACAGUUAUGAGGACAUAGUGACAGCCAUGAUUGAGGGUAGUUCUGGAUCUGUUUGGAGGAUCAGUCCCCCGAGCAGACAGGAAGUCAUUAAAGACUUACUUGGUCCUGUUGACCUAACGCUUCGCCUGGCCUGGAAUUUCCAAAGGGACCUGGGAAAGGGUGGAACAGUGGAACAUGCCUUUGAUAAACAUUCUAUAGACCUGGAACCUGGGAACCCAGUCAGAGCAGAUUUGGCUUCAUUACUGGUUGGCAAUCGCACUGAGCCAGUGCUUGUUCCCAGUAUGUUUCCUAAGUUCAUCCGUGCCCCCAAUGGAGCUGAGGCCAAACCAGUCAGUCAACUAUGUGAAGGGAGUGAAGCUGGAUACUUGAAUAUAACCCUGUCACUAAAUAGCAGUGGGAUCCACGAGUGGUGGGACAUUGCUAUUGCAAACUGUCACCCCUCAUCAUGUGGGGUUCUACCCAUGGUCAUAUUCAAUGACAAAGUCAGUCCACCCAGCCUGGGCUUCCUAGCUGGAUACGGUAUCAUGGGGCUUUAUGUGUCUGUGGUCUUAGUCAUUGGGAAGUUUGUCCGUGGCUUCUUUAGUGAGAUCUCCCACUCCAUCAUGUUUGAGGAGCUGCCCUGUGUGGACCGCAUUCUCAAGCUCUGCACUGAUAUCUUCUUGGUGCGUGAGACGGGAGAACUGGAGCUGGAAGAGGAACUUUACUCCAAACUGAUCUUUCUCUAUCGAUCUCCUGAGACUAUGAUCAAAUGGACUCGGGACAUUAUCAGUCAGGACCGAGAUGGGUAAUGACUGACUGAUGAGUAAUUGUGUUUCUUUCUGAUAAAAUACAGUACAGCACAAAUGCAAAGAUGUCCAGGGGACAACACAUGGACAGCUUCUUAAGUACUCUCCACACAGUGGACACUGACCUACAGGCACAGAUUAAGGAGAUCUGCACCAACAAUAUGAACCUCUGUGGGACACAUGCUGUUGCAUAUUUGCAGCUCUCUGACCAUUUCGAUCAAACCAAGCUUACACAGUGCACACCAUUGGAAUGAGAGUGGAACUGCAGUCCCACUGUUGGUGGGAUUCAUUGCAGCAGGUUAUCUGCUGUGCAGGACUGGACAUCAUUUCCCUGGAAGGCAAAAGCUGUUGUCACAUUGAGCUGUGUGCAUUCCACCCUGGGUGGAGUAACUUUGUGGAAAACAGUCAUUGUAGGUGGAACCAGCUGAAGUCUCUGCAUCGACAUGCUACCUGAAAACAGUCAGACUUGUAAAAGCACUAUAAGUUAUAUUCAUACCAAACAAUAAGUCCAAGUCGAUCACUGAUGACUUUGUUAGUUCCAUCAAACAGAGUCCAGCUGUGGAUCCAGGGUGCUGUGGACAAUCAUUUAAACCUGCUGGUCACCCACCAUCAUUUACAAAAAAUAUACACAAUCCCAGUUCAGCAGCUACAAAUACACUAAAAAAUUUGAAAAUAGUAAAUUAUUCAUUAGAUGAAUUGAUGAUAGGUUGGACUCAUCACUCAAGCCAGAAUGACAAUAGUAAUAUAUCUGUUUACAAUAAGAACACUAAAAAACUGCCUCUAUUUAUUCUGUUGACUUACAGAUAUGGUUGUCAUAAAAACACUUGAAGAUUUCAAACUCAUUGUGAUGCAGGUUUUUGCUGUUCCACACUGUCUUUGUCAAACUGUUACAUCUUUACUUUGAGGUUCAGAGUUCCUGUUUUCUUUUAUCUGCCAGUCUGACUUCGACAUAAACACCUAAAGUUCCUGUUUUUACGUCACAGCAGAUGAUGGGUGAGCAGAGAAGUGAGCCAAAUAUGCUGUUAUGUAUGAAACAGGAUAGAAGUUGUUUACUUUUUAUAAGCGAAGAAUAAAAAUGGAUGUCUAUAUGGUUGUUCUAUCGUUAUUGUUCUUGAAAUCCUAGGUGCAGUUUAGUCUGAACUUUAAGCUGUAAGUCAUUAUAACUUGCAGGGAUGACCAUUCGGAAAAGAAAAAUGAUCAUAAAGUGGCGUAUACCAUCUGAUGACCGAAAGGUUUGGAAAAUGCCAAGUUCAUGAAGUACACAUAAUAAACCUGUCUGUGGUGACUGUCCGUUGCCAAUAAAACCCUGCCAGCAGACUGGGGCCUUUCUGUGUCGUUUACUCCCACAGUCCAGAAACAUGCAUGUUUGGUUCAAUGGCCACU